CCAUCCAUGGUCACCUCACCCCCGACACCUUGGCGACCUGGGUAUAAAAGAGUGCAGAUGAACUGUCACCUGUAUAGUGUGGUUGCUGAAGUGCUCUUAAGAUGAAGCUGGUUGUAUUAGUGGUGGUGUUGGUGGCCGGGGUCCUGGCAGACAAGAAGCCCCUCGUCGACCCUCCCGUCGCCAUCUUGCACAGCGAACAGCAUCACCCAGACGUGACCGGCGCACACAGCUUCGACUUCGAGGCGGAGAAUGGUAUCAAGUUGCACGUGUCUGGCUCUCAGGGCGAGAACGGCGGAGCCAACAGCAUCGGCUACUGGAGCUACCCAUUGGAGGACGGUAGUGUGGCAUCACUCAAGUUCGUGGCGGACGAGUUUGGUUACCAGCCCCAGUCCGACCUGCUGCCCGUGGCUCCUGAGUUCCCUCACCCCAUCCCCGACUUUGUCCUAAGGCAGAUCGCCUUCGCCGAGGCCCAGAGGGCGCAGCAGUCUCGGGAGGAUUACUCCAAGUGAGCCUCACCGACCUCCACCCCUGACCUCUGACCUACUCCACCAUGUCGCUCUCAUAACCCAGUGACCUUAUUUUUUUAUUAAACUAUUUAUAAUUCUGCUAUUUAUAAAAUCUUUAUCAUAACUUUGUACCUGUAUGAAGGACAUAUUAAAUUAUUGUGGCAAUCAAA